AUGAAGGUGCAGCAGGUGGAGGACAGCACUUUCUCUUCUCUGUCAAAAGAUAAACAACACUGCAUCAAGUUGAAGGACACUCUGAAAUUGAACUAUGAGCGUUUAAUUGAGAGCUCACAGACAGGUCAUCAGGAGUUCCUGGAAGAUAUCUACACUGAUCUCGUUAUAGUGCAGAAUAAAAGUGGAGGAGUCAUUAAUGAGCAUGAAGUGAUGCAAAUAGAGAUGUCUCCCAAUAAAGCUGGCAGUGAGGAAGAGUGUAUAAAAUGCUGUGAUAUUUUUAAAGUCCAGCCGGGUACAGGUAGACGGAACAGAAAAGUGAUGACAAUGGGAAUUGCAGGAGUCGGGAAAACUGUGUCCAUCAACAAAUUCAUACUGGACUGGGCAGAAGGAAAGGAGAACCAGGACAUUCAGUACAUUUUCCCUCUACCCUUCCGUGAACUGAAUCUGAAGAAAGAGACGGAGUUCAGUUUGAUUGGACUACUGAAUAACUGCUUUUUCUCCUCAAAGCCUGCACUGGAGUCUCUUCCAGAAGAAGAUGGUAAAGUGCUGUUUAUUUUUGAUGGGCUGGAUGAGUAUCGUUACCCACUGGAGUUUAAAGAUGGAGAGGAAGUAAAAGAUGUGAAUAAGACGAGUACAGUGGGCUCACUGAUCACAAAUCUCAUCAACAGAAAUUUGCUUUCCUUUUCUCUAGUCUGGGUAACUUGUCGACCAGCAGCAGCGCAUCUGAUUCCCCAGAAAUACAUCAAUCUGGUGACAGAAGUACGAGGAUUUAAUGAUGAACAGAAGGAGGAGUACUUCACCAAAUACUGCAAAACAGAGGAUGUAGCAGAGAAAAUAAGUUCACACAUAAAGAAGUUAAAGAGUCUCCACAUCAUGUGUCAAAUCCCAGUCUUCUGCUGGAUCUCUGCCACUGUGCUUGAGCCACUGAUGGAUAAAGAGAGUGAGAAGAACAUCCCCACAACCCUGACAGAAAUGUACAUGAGCUUCCUACUGCAGCAGAAAAACCUGAUGAAGGAGAAAUACAGUCAGAAGACUGACCCUGAGCGCAUCAUUCUGAAGCUCGGUAAACUGGCCUUGAGUAAUCUUGAGAGUGGAGAGCUGAACUUCUAUGAGGAUAAUCUUAAGGAAUGUGGGAUUGAUGUUACUGAUGGUACAGUGUUCUCAGGAAUGUGUACACAGAUUUUCAGCCAGCAGAGGGGAAUUUCUGAGAGGAACAUUUUCAGCUUUGUGCAUCUGAGUGUUCAGGAAAGCCUUGCGGCUGUAUAUGUGCAUCACUCCCACUGCAAUAAGAAGAAGAAUGUUUUCAAAAAGAAAGUUCUCAAAAAACUUUUGUGGAUUAAUAAGAAGAUAACAGAUCUCCAUAAGAGUGCAGUGGACAGAGCUUUGCAGAGUGAAAAUGGACACCUGGACCUUUUCCUCCGCUUCCUCCUCGGCCUCUCUGUGGAGGACAGUCAGAAGGUUCUGACCGAACUUCUGCCAAACCUGAAGAUUAAAGCAGAGAGCGUUAGCAACACAGCUGUCUACAUUAAGGAGAAACUAAAAGAGGAAAUGCACUCUGAAAGAAGCCUGAAUCUCCUCCACUGCCUGAGUGAACUGAAGGACAACUCACUCACAGCUGAAAUCCAGAACUUCCUGAACUCAGGAACUCUCUCAAAACAGGAACUCUCAUCCCCACAGUGGUCAGCUCUGAUCUUUGUGCUGAUGAUGUCAGAGGAGACUCAAGAGAAGUUUGAACUGAAGAAAUACAGUGCAUCAGAAGAAGGACUGAGGAGAUUACUGCCUGUGGUGAAAAACACGCAGCGAGCUCUACUAGCUUCAUGUAAUCUUGGAGUAAGGUCAUGUGAAAGUCUGAAAUCAGUGCUUAAACUGGAAAACUCCUCCCUGAUAGAACUGGACCUCAGUAACAAUAACCUGCAGGAUUCAGGAGUGGAGCUGCUCUCUGCUGGACUGAAGAGUUCACACUGUAAACUGCAGACUCUCAGACUAUCUUCAUGUAAUCUUGGAGAAAAGACAUGUAAAAAUCUGGGAUCAGAUUUGAAGCUGGACAUCUUCUCCAUAACAGAUCUGGACCUCAGUAACAAUGACCUGCAGGAUUCAGGAGUGGAGCUGCUUUCUGCUGGACUGAGGAGUUCACAAUGUAAGCUGCAGAUUCUCAGACUAGCUUCAUGUAAUCUUGGAGAAAAGACAUGUGAAGGUCUGGGAUCAGUUUUGAAGCUGGAAAACGUCUCCAUAAAGGAAAUAGAUCUCAGUAACAAUGACCUGCAGGAUUCAGGAGUGGAGCUGCUUUCUGCUGGACUGAGGAGUUUACACUGUAAACUGCAGAUUCUCAGAUUAUCUGGGUGUAUGAUCACAGAAAAAGGCUGUUCUUCUCUGUCUUCAGCUCUGAGUUCAAACCCCUCCCACCUGAAAGAGCUGGAUCUGACCUACAACCACCCAGGAGAGUCUGGAGAGAAGUUGCUUUCUGCCAGACUGGAGGAUCCACACUGCUCACUGGAGACACUCAGAAUGGAACAUGGAGGCGAGAUCAGAAUCAAACCUGGAUUAAAGAAAUACGGCUGUGAUUUCACACUGGAUCUAAACACAGUAAACCCUGUUCUCUCUCUGAGUGAGGAGAACAGGAGGGUGGAGAGGAGAGAGGAGCUGCAGUCGUAUCCUGAUCAUCCAGAGAGAUUUGAUUAUUAUCAGCAGGUUCUGAGUAGAGAGAGAGUAACUGGUGUUACUGGUGAUACUGGUGUAGCUGGUGUUACUGGUGUAACUGGUGAUACUGGUGUAACUGGUGUUACUUGUGUUACUGGUGUAACUGGUGAUACUGGUGUAACUGGUGUUACUGGUGAUACUGGUGUAACUGGUGAUACUGGUGUAACUGGUGUUACUGGUGAUACUGGUGUAACUGGUGAUACUGGUCUAACUGGUGUUACUGGUGUAACUGGUGAUACUGGUGUAACUGGUGUUACUGGUGAUACUGGUGUAACUGGUGUUACUGGUGUAACUGGUGAUACUGGUGUAACUGGUGUAACUGGUGAUACUGGUGUAACUGGUGAUACUGGUGUAACUGGUGAUACUGGUGUAACUGGUGAUACUGGUGAUACUGGUGAUACUGGUGUAACUGGUGUUACUGGUGUAACUGGUGUUACUGGUGUUACUGGACGCUGUUACUGGGAGGCUGAGUGGAGCGGGAGAGGAGGAGCUGUUGUAGCUAUGAGUUAUAAAACCAUCAGCAGGAAAGGAGGAGGAUCAGACUCUCGGUUUGGACGGAAUAUAAACUCCUGGAGUCUGAUCUGCUCUAAUAACAGAUACUAUGUUCAACACAAUAAUAACAGCACUGAUCUCUCCACUCCUCCCUCCGACUGUAGGAGAGUAGGAGUGUAUGUGGACUGUCCCUCCGGCACUCUGUCCUUCUACAGAGUCUCCUCUGAUACACACUCACACACUCUCACACACUUACACACAUUCUACACCACCUUUACUCAGCCCCUCUAUGCAGGGAUUAGGGUUUAUUCUGGCUCCUCAGUGACUCUGUGUAAAAUAGAAUAACCCUGUAUGUGUUUAUCUGUGUUUGUGUAUCUGUAGGUGUAUAGUGUGUGUGUGUGUGUGUGCGCAUGUGUGUGUGUAUAGUGUUUGUAUAAUGUGUGUGUGUAGUGUUUAUAUAAUGUGUGUGUGUGUGUUUAUAGUGUUUGUAUAAUGUGUGUGUGUGUAUAGUGUUCGUAUAAUGUGUGUGUGUGUGUAUAGUGUUCGUAUAAUGUGUGUGUGUGUGUGUGUGUGUAUAGUGUGAGUGAUGGCACCAUUGCUGUGGGUUAAAUAAAAAAAACUGAAAUUAUAUACAUUUUUCUAUUAUUUUCUUUUGUUCUCCUUAAUUUUUUUCUCUGCUUUGUUUUAUUUCUUCGUUAUCUGUAUAUGAUAAACAGUAUUUUACAUUCUGUAAAUAAAAAAAUAAUAAUCACAUAAACUUCCUUAUUCCUUUACAUUCAGCACA